ACAACAAUUCACUCUCGCGAAGGGGUUCAAAACUUCAAAUAGCAUAAACCCGCCGGCGUAGCACCGCCCGCCGUUCCUUCCGCAUUUCGUCGGUAAAACUCAGUUACUCCGACCACCAGAAAAAUGAAGCUCACGUAUCCAAACAGCGGCGGCGGUCCGUCAGUUGCGUGGAGGAGCUCUUCCAUCGUAUCCAUCCAGCUAGGGUUUUGCUUCUCCAACAAUUUCAAUGGAGUUUUGAUUCCUCCCGCCUCUACACACUACCUGCCCCGCCGGAAUUUGCGCAUUUCAUGCUCCUCCCCAUCUUCUUCACCUGAUCCUCUCUUGGUUAAGGCUGCAAGGGGUGAAGCUGUGUCGAGGCCUCCAGCAUGGAUGAUGCGCCAGGCUGGGAGGUAUAUGGCUGUGUACAGAAAGCUAGCCGAGAAAUACCCAUCCUUCAGAGAGAGGUCGGAGACAACUGAACUCAUUGUGGAAAUUUCUUUGCAGCCCUGGGAAGCUUUCCGCCCAGAUGGUGUCAUUAUUUUCUCUGACAUACUUACUCCGCUACCGGCAUUUGGUGUGUCAUUUGACAUAGAAGACGUGAGGGGUCCUGUUAUUCAGUCUCCGAUUCGUUCCGAGGAGCAUUUGAAGACCUUGCAUCCUAUUGAACUUGAGAAGCUACAGUUCGUUGGGGACUCGCUUAGAUUACUUCGCAAUGAGGUUGAAGGGAAAGCAGCUGUUCUGGGUUUUGUGGGAUCACCUUGGACAAUUGGUACCUAUAUAGUGGAAGGGGGUACGACUCGCACGUAUACAGCAAUAAAGAGCAUGUGUCAUACAGCACCACAUGUACUGAGUACUCUCCUUGCUCAUUUGACCAAGGCAAUCGCUGAUUAUGCUGUUUAUCAAGUGGAGUCGGGGGCUCAUUGCAUUCAGAUAUUUGAUUCUUGGGGUGGCCAACUAUCUCCUGCUAUGUGGGAGAUCUGGUCAAAACCUUUCAUCAAAGAGAUAGUCAGUACAGUCAAGAGCAAAUGUCCUGGCACACCCCUUGUUCUUUACAUCAAUGGAAAUGGUGGCCUGCUUGAGCGGAUGAAAGAUAUUGGAGUUGAUGUGAUUGGACUUGACUGGACAGUGGACAUGGCAGAUGGUAGGAAGCGUCUGGGGAAUGGAAUGAGCGUACAAGGAAAUGUCGACCCUGCUUACUUAUUUUUGCCGCUCCCUGCUAUUACUGAUGAAAUUCACAGAGUGGUUAACUGCGCUGGACCAAGAGGGCACAUUCUGAACCUUGGACAUGGUGUUCUUGUUGGGACGCCUGAAGAAGCCGUUGCACAUUUCUUCGAUGUUAGUAAAAGCCUGAACUUUUCUGCACCUAUAGAAGAUCACCGUGUGGCUGCAGCGACCUAGUUAGAGUGCACGAGCUCAAGAUCAUCCCUGCAAACCUCCUCUCUUCUGUCUAUACUGGAACAUGGUGUAAGUCAUCUCCUUGCUUCUUUAGUUCUUUCAUUCUCUCGUUGGGCUCUUGCUCAUUUUUUCGUGAAAGUAGAGCGACUAUAGCUGUGGCCCGAACUCUGUGUAAUUGCUUCUUUAAUUCAGUGUCAUAUGUAGUUACUGUUGGCUUUUUUGGAGUGGAACAUCCCAAAGUUGAACACCAUUUAACCAUCCGAAUUGAUUCUUUUUAUCUACUGCCACACUAUAGCUCAAUGAUGGCAACAAUACCAGCUCACGUCACGGCACUCUCCGUGGCCAACCAAACAAACAGUAUGGUCCAUUUUUUCCUCUUUGGAAAGGUCAUCAGCCUUGCAGGGCAAGCAAGUCAGUAAGCACGGAAGUCCACACAUAAUGGAUGAUGUGAUGAGUUUGUUUGAUUCGUUUCUUAAUAAUUAAUAAAGCAAGUCAAGCAAA